AUGAACGCAAAACACGCCCGGUCGCCCGUGAUCAAGAUCGUCGCAGGCGAGAACGAAAUCUUUAGCGACGACGAACCAGCGGUCCCGCUCAACGUCUUCUACGUCAGCAAGUCUCUGCUACUCGAAAAUUCAACCUACUUCAACAUCAUCCUCGACUCGGCUCCCGGACGCGCUGUUGUUUUCCUCCCGGAACACAACUACCUCGUUGUGGCGGUCUGGUUGAAUCUGCUCUUUCAUGACUGUCUUGACCUGCUGCAUGAGGACGCGCUUCUGUUCCACAAUAUGGAAAAGUACCUGGUCUUUGCGGACCUCGUGGGAUCAGAGAAGCUCAAGAACGUGGUGAUAGAUACCAUGCAGGCCAACGUCGCGCGAUUCAGUAUCUACGCGCUGCGCGACUUGCAGGACCACCAUCCGUCGCUUACCGUGUGCUUUGACAUCAUCCUGGAAUACUUGGCGUGUGUUGUCGUCAUGGAGGGGUGGAGGCAUCUAAUGGAUCGGGCGGAGACUGAAUCAGAUUAUGAUCAACUGUACGGGAGCGCGAAUUUCAAGGGUUGCUGGGCCGAUUUCAUCACGGACCAUGGCAACCUCGACAUUGUCAACAAGUUGUUGCUGAAGGUCGAUGAUCUCAAUAGGGAGAAAGCCCAGAAUACUCUCAUCUCCCCUGCAGAGAGGGAGGAUUGCAAGUGGCAUGAGCAUCUGACUGAACAGGCGAAGGCGAAUUGUCCAAGAAGGCCUGGGAAAAGGCAGGAAUGCCCAUAA